AGUGACACCAGGAGCACGGAGCCGCGGCCCCAGCCGGGCCGAGCGCGCUGACGGAGCCGCGGUCGGUGAGAGGCCCGCGUCCCCGCCCGCCGUGGGCGCCGCGCCUGGCACGGAUCCCGCCGCCGCCGCCGCCGCAUCCCGCGGGCACCAUGACCGCUCUGAGAGCUGGGGUUACAGACUGUGGUUUUGCGCUUGCUCACCAAAGCUAACUUCAGCAUGCUCAAGAGGAAGCAGAGUUCCAGGGUGGAGGCCCAGCCAGUGACUGACUUUGGCCCUGAUGAGUCUUUGUCAGACAACGCGGACAUACUGUGGAUUAACAAGCCAUGGGUCCACUCUUUGCUGCGUAUCUGCGCCAUCAUCAGCGUCAUUUCUGUUUGCAUGAACACGCCCAUGACCUUCGAGCACUAUCCUCCUCUUCAGUAUGUGACGUUUACUUUGGAUACCUUAUUGAUGUUUCUGUACACGGCAGAGAUGAUAGCAAAAAUGCACAUCCGAGGUAUUGUCAAGGGGGAUAAUUCCUAUGUGAAAGAUCGCUGGUGUGUUUUUGAUGGAUUUAUGGUCUUUUGCCUUUGGGUUUCAUUGGUGUUACAGGUGUUUGAAAUUGCAGAUAUAGUUGAUCAGAUGUCACCAUGGGGCAUGCUGAGGAUCCCACGACCACUAAUUAUGAUCCGGGCAUUCCGGAUUUAUUUCCGGUUCGAAUUGCCAAGAACCAGAAUCACAAACAUUUUAAAGCGAUCAGGAGAACAAAUAUGGAGUGUCUCAAUUUUCCUACUUUUCUUUCUACUUCUUUAUGGAAUUUUAGGAGUUCAGAUGUUUGGAACAUUUACCUAUCACUGUGUAGUAAAUGACACAAAACCAGGGAAUGUAACCUGGAAUAGUUUAGCUAUCCCAGACACACACUGCUCACCAGAGCUUGAAGAAGGCUACCAGUGCCCACCCGGGUUUAAAUGCAUGGACCUCGAAGAUCUGGGACUUAGCAGGCAAGAGCUGGGCUACAGUGGCUUUAAUGAGAUAGGCACCAGCAUAUUCACGGUGUACGAGGCUGCCUCUCAGGAGGGCUGGGUGUUCCUCAUGUACAGAGCCAUCGACAGCUUCCCCCGCUGGCGUUCCUACUUCUACUUCAUCACGCUCAUCUUCUUCCUUGCCUGGCUUGUCAAGAAUGUGUUCAUUGCUGUCAUCAUUGAAACAUUUGCAGAAAUCAGAGUACAAUUUCAACAAAUGUGGGGCUCGAGGAGCAGCACUACUUCCACAGCUACCACGCAGAUGUUUCAUGAAGAUGCUGCCGGCGGGUGGCAGCUGGUAGCUGUGGAUGUCAACAAGCCCCAGGGACGUGCCCCAGCCUGCCUCCAGAAAAUGAUGCGGUCGUCAGUUUUCCAUAUGUUUAUCCUGAGCAUGGUGACAGUGGAUGUGAUCGUGGCCGCCAGCAACCACUACAAGGGGGAGAACUUCCGCCGCCAGUAUGAUGAGUUCUACCUGGCAGAGGUGGCUUUCACAGUACUUUUUGACUUGGAAGCACUACUGAAGAUAUGGUGUUUGGGGUUUACUGGAUAUAUUAGCUCAUCUCUCCACAAAUUUGAGCUGCUACUUGUAAUUGGAACCACUCUUCAUGUGUAUCCAGAUCUUUAUCAUUCACAGUUCACAUACUUUCAGGUUCUUCGGGUAGUUCGGCUAAUUAAGAUUUCACCUGCAUUAGAAGACUUUGUGUACAAGAUAUUUGGUCCUGGAAAAAAGCUUGGGAGUUUGGUCGUAUUUACUGCCAGCCUCUUGAUUGUCAUGUCAGCCAUUAGUUUGCAGAUGUUCUGCUUUGUUGAAGAACUGGACAGAUUUACGACAUUUCCAAGGGCAUUUAUGUCCAUGUUCCAGAUCCUCACCCAGGAAGGAUGGGUAGACGUGAUGGACCAAACUCUAAAUGCUGUGGGACAUAUGUGGGCACCUGUGGUUGCCAUCUAUUUCAUUCUCUAUCAUCUCUUUGCCACUCUGAUCCUCCUGAGUUUGUUUGUUGCUGUAAUUUUGGACAACUUAGAACUUGAUGAAGAUCUAAAGAAGCUUAAACAAUUAAAGCAAAGUGAAGCAAAUGCAGACACCAAGGAAAAGCUCCCUUUGCGCCUGAGAAUCUUUGAAAAAUUUCCAAACAGACCACAAAUGGUGAAAAUCUCGAAGCUUCCGUCAGACUUUACAGUUCCUAAAAUCAGGGAAAGUUUUAUGAAGCAAUUUAUUGAUCGUCAGCAACAGGACACAAGCUGCCUCUUGAGGAGCCUCCCUUCUGCUUCGUCGUCCUCCUGUGAUCACUCCAAACGGUCGGCAAUUGAAGACAACAAAUACAUUGAUCAGAAACUUCGCAAGUCUGUUUUCAGCAUCAGGGCAAGGAACCUUCUGGAAAAGGAGACGGCAGUCACUAAAAUCUUAAGAGCUUGCACUCGACAGCGCAUGCUGAGUGGCUCAUUUGAGGGGCAACCAGCAAAGGAAAGGUCCAUCCUCAGCGUGCAGCAUCACAUCCGCCAAGAGCGCAGGUCACUAAGACAUGGAUCGAACAGCCAGAGGAUCAGCAGAGGGAAAUCUCUUGAAACUUUGACUCAAGACCAUUCCAAUACAGUGCGAUAUAGAAACGCACAGAGAGAAGACAGUGAAAUCAAGAUGAUUCAGGAGAAAAAGGAGCAAGCGGAAAUGAAAAGGAAAGUGCAAGAAGAGGAGCUGAGAGAGAACCACCCGUACUUUGACAAGCCGCUGUUCAUCGUGGGGCGGGAGCACAGGUUCAGAAACUUCUGCCGCGUGGUGGUCCGGGCGCGCUUCAACGCAUCUAAAACAGACCCCAUCACAGGAGCUGUGAAAAAUACAAAGUACCAUCAACUAUAUGAUUUGCUGGGCUUGGUCACUUACCUGGACUGGGUCAUGAUCAUCGUAACCAUCUGCUCUUGCAUAUCUAUGAUGUUCGAGUCCCCCUUUCGAAGAGUCAUGCACGCACCUACUUUGCAGAUUGCAGAGUACGUGUUUGUGAUAUUCAUGAGCAUCGAGCUUAAUCUGAAGAUUAUGGCAGAUGGCUUAUUUUUCACUCCAACUGCUGUCAUCAGGGACUUUGGUGGAGUAAUGGACAUAUUUAUCUACCUUGUGAGCUUGAUAUUUCUUUGCUGGAUGCCUCAAAAUGUUCCUGCGGAAUCGGGAGCUCAACUGCUCAUGGUUCUCCGGUGCCUGAGACCUCUGCGCAUAUUCAAGCUGGUGCCCCAGAUGAGGAAAGUUGUCCGAGAACUUUUCAGUGGCUUCAAGGAGAUUUUUUUGGUCUCCAUUCUUUUGCUGACAUUAAUGCUUGUUUUUGCAAGCUUUGGAGUUCAGCUUUUUGCUGGAAAACUGGCAAAGUGCAAUGAUCCCAACAUUAUUCGAAGGGAAGAUUGUAAUGGCAUAUUCAGAAUUAAUGUAAGUGUGUCCAAGAACUUAAACUUAAAAUUGAGGCCUGGAGAGAAAAAACCUGGAUUUUGGGUGCCCCGUGUUUGGGCAAAUCCUCGGAACUUUAAUUUUGACAAUGUGGGAAAUGCUAUGCUGGCAUUGUUUGAAGUUCUCUCCUUGAAAGGCUGGGUGGAAGUGAGAGAUGUUAUUAUUCAUCGUGUGGGGCCGAUCCACGGAAUCUAUAUUCACGUUUUUGUCUUCCUGGGUUGCAUGAUUGGACUGACCCUCUUUGUUGGAGUAGUUAUUGCUAAUUUCAAUGAAAAUAAGGGGACAGCUUUGCUGACCGUCGAUCAGAGAAGAUGGGAGGACCUGAAGAGCCGACUGAAGAUCGCACAGCCUCUUCAUCUCCCGCCUCGCCCGGACAAUGAUGGUUUCAGAGCUAAGAUGUACGACAUCACCCAGCACCCGUUCUUCAAGAGAACAAUCGCCUUACUGGUCCUGGCCCAGUCAGUGCUGCUCUCGGUCAAGUGGGACGUCGAGGACCCAGUGACAGUACCUUUGGCAACAAUGUCGGUUGUGUUCACCUUCAUCUUUGUUCUCGAGGUUACAAUGAAGAUCAUCGCAAUGUCACCUGCCGGCUUCUGGCAAAGCAGAAGAAACCGAUACGAUCUGCUGGUCACGUCGCUUGGCGUCGUGUGGGUGGUGCUUCACUUUGCUCUCCUGAACGCGUAUACCUACAUGAUGGGAGCCUGUGUGAUUGUGUUCAGGUUUUUCUCUAUUUGUGGAAAGCACGUAACACUAAAGAUGCUUCUCUUGACAGUCGUGGUCAGCAUGUACAAAAGCUUCUUCAUCAUCGUAGGAAUGUUCCUCUUGCUGCUGUGUUACGCUUUUGCUGGAGUUGUUUUAUUUGGUACUGUGAAAUACGGGGAGAACAUUAAUAGGCAUGCGAACUUUUCUUCAGCUGGCAAAGCUAUUACCGUACUGUUCCGAAUUGUCACAGGUGAAGACUGGAACAAGAUCAUGCAUGACUGUAUGGUCCAGCCUCCUUUUUGUACACCGGAUGAAUUUACAUACUGGGCAACAGACUGUGGAAAUUACGCUGGAGCACUUAUGUAUUUCUGUUCAUUUUAUGUCAUCAUUGCCUACAUCAUGCUAAAUCUGCUUGUAGCCAUCAUUGUGGAGAAUUUCUCCUUAUUUUAUUCCACUGAGGAGGACCAGCUUUUAAGUUACAAUGAUCUGCGCCACUUUCAGAUCAUAUGGAACAUGGUGGAUGAUAAAAGAGAGGGCGUGAUCCCCACCUUCAGAGUCAAGUUCCUGCUCAGGCUGCUGCGUGGCAGGCUGGAGGUGGACCUGGACAAGGACAAGCUUCUGUUCAAGCACAUGUGCUACGAGAUGGAGAGGCUGCACAACGGCGGGGAUGUCACCUUCCACGAUGUCCUGAGCAUGCUUUCAUACCGGUCCGUUGACAUCCGGAAAAGCUUGCAGCUGGAGGAGCUUCUGGCCAGGGAGCAGCUGGAGUACACCAUCGAGGAGGAGGUGGCCAAGCAGACCAUCCGCAUGUGGCUGAAAAAGUGCCUGAAGCGCAUCCGAGCCAAACAGCAACAGUCAUGCAGCAUCAUCCACAGCCUGCGGGAAAGCCAGCAGCAGGAGCUGAGCCGCUUCCUGAGCCCACCCAGCAUCGAGACCACGCAGCCCAGUGAGGACACCAAGGCCGGCAGUCAGGACAGCAGCGCGCAACCCGAGACUGGCAGCCAGCAGCAGCUUCUGAGCCCCACUCUGUCCGACAGAGGAGGAAGCCGGCAAGACGCCAGUGAUGUGGGGAAGCCCCAGCGGAAGUUUGGGCAGUGGCGCAUGCCCUCGGCACCAAAACCAAUAAGCCAUUCAAUGCCUUCGGUCAACUUACCGUUUGGAGGGAGGACAACGAUGAAAUCUGUAGUGUGCAAAAUGAACCCCAUGACUGACGCGGCUUCCUGUGGUUCUGAGGUUAAGAAGUGGUGGACCAGGCAGCUGACCGUGGAGAGUGAUGAAAGUGGGGACGACCUUCUGGAUAUUUAGAUGUAAAUCAAUGUCGAUGGAAAUCUCAUGGUGAAAACCGCUUUCUGGUGUUUUCCUUGAUCGUCCAGUGAGAAAUCAGUGCUUGAUAUAUAACUUACUUCCAACUUGUCUCAAGGAUUUUUUAGUUUUUGUCCUGCCACAGGAAGGCAUAAACUGUGUGUAUGAUGGGUAGUAUCAUUGCUCAUGAAAAUCUGCGUAAUGACAGUAUUGAUAGUAUUAGAAACUAUACUGAUAGAUGUAGAUCAUUCGAUGUUUCAUCUACGCUGCGUAAACUAAGCUGUAUAUUCAUAUGUGCCCUUAGGCAUUAUGACCACCCCCCAAAAAGAGUGCUAAGCCCAAAGUGGCUGAUAUUUAUGGUACAGGGGUCAUAGCUUUAGUUUCCAUUUUCCCCAUUUCCACUAGAAAUACUUCUCUUGGGAGAAUUUAUUAUUCAGAUUGAUCUGAAAAGGUCGGCACUGAGCUUAUGCUAAAAGGAUAGUGGUUUUACAAACUACAGAUUCUGAAUUUUAAAAAGCAUAUUCCUGGUCUCAUCUAAUUUUUUUUUAAUGUACGCAAGAUAUUUGGAGAUCAGAACAAGUUGAUUCCUGUCCUCAGUUACCCUAAUGAAACUGUCGCCAGCCUCCAAGAAAAGUAUGUGUGCAGGUAUGCCUAAAGAAAUAGGCCUAGGAUAUUUACUGGUUUAAAAAUAACCCUAUAGAUUAAUUGAGCGACACGUCUGUACAAAGACAUCAAGUUUCUUUAAAAGCCUUUUAAUAAUUGGGUUAGGCAAAAACAGUAAAACUACAUAACUCAACUUACUAAAAAAAAAAAAAAAAAAAAAAACCCUUUGCCGGUGUGAUGUUAUCACUGACUUCAUGUCUCCCCCCAGGUGUGUCCUUUUUGCUGUAAAUUAGCAGAGACAUCAUGAAUUGAUCCCAACAAUCUGUUGCUAUGUUACUCUUUUGUUACCAGAAUCUUCUAUGGAAAUAAUGGUGCCCUAUAAAAUCUUGCUCUGAACUCA